CGCUCCCUUUUUUUACUCUCAUUCUCAUCAUCGUUCGAGCAGGUCUCGCUUUAAUCAUCAUCACCCACAUCUAAGACUACAACCAUGACUACCAUAUCUUGGAAGCUAGGCAAGAAGUCCCCGAAGCCGUCCUCUAAUGCUCUCGCUGCGGACGCCGAGAUGGGUCGGUCGACCACGCCGACGCCUGGUAACCCGAAUGGCGAGCCACCACAGCGUACUUCGGGUAUGUUGACCAUCCGCGUUACGUCCGCAGAGGGCUUUGCUCUGCCCUCUGGGACUUCUGUGCCGUCUGCCGUGCAGUCAGCGCUGGAUAGUGCAGAAGCUAAGGUUGCUGCGUCCGUGUCCCCGUCAAGUGUGACGCAGCAGCGUUUAGCUAAUAGAGGAAGGAGCAACCGCGAUAGUCUGCAGAGGGUGCAAUGCUGGUGGCUUCCGUAUCUUGUCAUGGAGUUCGAUGUAAACCAGGUGCUCAUUACACCUUUGGGAGGAAACAUCGAGUCGCCAGUUUACAUGUACCAAACUCACUUCGACGUGUCACGGAUCUCAGAAAUCUCGAUACAAUGCUAUUUACGGACAGAGAGACCCAAACGAGGUGCAGAAGGCGACGAUAUGGGCAACGAUAUCUUCAUGGGCGGAAUCAAAUUCACUCCGGACUUUGACAACCUAAGUCCGGAAAAUGAAUGGUACACCCUAGCAGGCGGAUCGGGGAAGAUCCAGAUUGGCGUCGCGUUCACGCCGAGCACCGGUCAAUCUCUGACGAUUGAUUCGUUCGAACUUCUCAAGGUCAUUGGAAAGGGAAGCUUUGGGAAAGUCAUGCAAGUUCGAAAGCGUGAUACGCAACGAAUUUAUGCUUUGAAGACAAUCCGCAAAGCGCAUAUUGCGUCGCGAAAUGAGAUUACGCAUACACUUGCGGAGAGGCUUGUUUUAGCACGUGUCAAUAAUCCAUUCAUCGUGCCCUUGAAGUUUAGCUUCCAAUCGGAACAAAAGCUUUAUCUCGUUCUUGCGUUCGUCAAUGGUGGAGAGCUGUUCCAUCAUCUCCAGCAGGAGCAACGCUUCAACGAAGAACGGAGCCGAUUCUACUCCGCCGAACUGCUUUUAGCCCUUGAACAGCUUCAUGAGCUUGACGUCGUCUACCGCGAUCUCAAACCAGAAAACAUCCUUCUGGACUAUACGGGCCAUAUUGCCUUAUGUGACUUUGGUCUGUGCAAGCUCAACAUGAAGGACAAAGACACGACGAACACAUUCUGUGGAACGCCGGAAUAUCUUGCACCUGAAGUGUUGAACGGAAGUGGCUACAACCGCACCAUCGACUGGUGGACACUUGGCGUGCUCUUGUAUGAAAUGUUGUCUGGCCUUCCACCCUUCUACAGUGAAACUCCGGAUAUCAUGUACAAGAAAAUCGUGAAUGACCCACUGGUGUUCAGCGAUGUCAUCGGUCCUGAGGCCCGUAGUGUCCUCACUGGUCUACUUUCGCGUGAACCAAGCAGACGUCUCGGCGUCAAUGGCGCGGAGGAAAUCAAACGUCAUCCUUUCUUCGACAAGCAUAUCGACUUUGCGAAGCUGCUUGCAAAGAAGAUCCAGCCGCCGUUCAAGCCUAAGGUCGCAAGUGCUGUGGAUGUGUCCAAUUUUGACGAGGUGUUCACCUCUGAGGAGCCGCUCGAUAGUGUUGUGGAAGGUUCGAAGCUUUCACAGACUGUCCAGGAGCAGUUCGCAGGCUUCUCUUACAAUGGCACCAACAUGAAUGUCAGCCCAUAAAUCAAAUCUAUAUCCCUUUUUGUGUUUCGCUUUGGUUAUCACUGGUCUAUACCCGGAUCUCCACUCAUGUUCUGCAUACGUCAUUCGUCGUUUCGUCCACGCAUCAUACACACCUUCGUUAGAUUAAUCGCUGCUUCACUCGUUUACCUUCAUUGCUCCUAGUAUUCUUGCUUUCAAAGGAAACCCACAGAUAUAGUCGCGUACAGAUUGGAUUUAAUAUUCUCACUUGAAAAAAAUCACGCCUGUCGUACUCUAAUGCUGAAUACUAG